GAACCAGGUAAGAACAAUUGGGUUUAAUGAAGUCUAAAUAGCAAUAUUAUUUUGCGGGGCAGUGAAGCUAUUUACAAUUUCAAAACCGUUUAAUUUAAAAAUUACAGAUACUUAAAACUAAUUUGACAUUGCCAUAGUUUAAUUUUAUUUUAUUUGAGUCAUGCUCAGGUCAUGUUUUCACCUGUCUUUGCUUCUGGCAUAGAAUCACUCCGCGCCUCCCUCUAUCCCUGCCCACAGGACAUUCAGUCACUUUACUAUGCAUAGUUACAAGAUUAUUAAUAUCUGCACGCUUGCAUCACAAGUGGGGUGGGUGGGUGGCUGGGGGUGUCUGGUACAUUCGGGCACUUUCGACAAGGAUACGUGUCAUUCUCAAUGAUGGAAACAACAACAACAAGGCUUGGCUGUGUUCUUGUACUUGACAUUAGCUGAAGCGCUAUUCUGGCUUGUUGAGCUCCCACUUGGAGUUUCCCCAGCUAAGAGAGGAUUUGAUUGGCAGACUUGAAUGCAGCAUCAGAGAUGUUGCAGCUGAAUUUUAAUGUCAAGCUGAGGAUAGCUGGAGAGCAGAGUCUUGUGCAGCUUCCAUAAGUCAUUUUAAGGUUUUUGCUGCUGUACAAUAUUAAUUGUAUUAACACAUCAUAAUGUUACAUCAGUGGGUUUUGUACUUCUGGUUUCAAACUGACAAGCUUACACAACUGACACCAUGUGUUCACAGUUGGGUCAGGUUCCAAGACCACCUCCCGGCAUGCUUGAGAUAUCUUUUUUCUUCAAGUGUAGCAAGGUGUAACAGAGGUAGGCUGGGGCUCAAAGUGACCAAGAGUCUAAGUGCUGUCAUGUAGUACUCAUUCAUGUGUGUUGCGGGGUUACUGAAGACUAACAUGCCUGUGAAUUUUAGAGAAGAAUGCCAAAGCAAAGGGUGGUAAAUAUAUGACCUUUGUCACUGGAAAGCAUAACAACAUAAAAGUGAUUUAAGCAGCUAAGACAGGUGAAGAUAAACUCAGAUUCAUUUGGAAAAAAUAUGUAAAAGAAAAGGUUUCACUCAAAGAUUAACAUCCAUUAGGCUUCAUUGGUGCAGCAGCUUUAGUGUCAGGAUAAAAAACAAACAAACAAAAAAUAAUAAUAAUAAUCAAAACCAGAUUCUGGGGGUAAAUUAUAUUGAAACACAUGUUAAAGAAAAAACCUUAAUUUUUUCAUUCAUACCUUAGCAUAUGACCAGUUAAAGGGCCUUUUUUUUCCUGUGUAUUUGAUCUUUUUAGUGUUCCCAGGCCAUCAAUCCUUCUUGUCCCUUGCCAGCAGCCCGACGGUGACCUCUGACAGGAAAGUGAAACAAGAGAAAGGGGAAACUGCCAUUUGAAAAGGCCUUUGGGUAUUGAACUGCCUGCGUCAUGGCAGCCAUCGAUCUGGAGGUUGGGCUGGAGUGCAACGGCCGGGGAUGGGGGCAAGAAAGGCCAGAAAUGACAGACAACUUUGACUCAGAGAUGCAAGAGUGGGAGGAUCAACUGCAGGACAUCCAGAGAAAAAUCGAAGAGCUUUACAAUGAAGUUCAGGCCCGCAGAGGAGCAAACGACAUCUCCACUGACAACCAGAAAAAUGGCAGCUCGUUGGAGUGUGGGCUUGGGAACCAUGGCAACGUCCUUUUUGUGCCCGGCCACUGCAGUGAGAAUCACCCUGGAGAUAUAACCGUGCCAUGUCACUAUAGUAACAGCUGUAAAUACAGCAUCGAUGGGUACGGCUGCCCUGUGAGUCAUCACAAUGGCUACAGUUACUGCAGCUCCAACGGGGUCUCGGAGAUUGGAGAUUUACUGCAGGAUUAUUUGGGGAAAGGGAAACAAAUGAGCCGGAAGAACAACGGUGCUCGCCACGUGCACUUCAGUGACACAAUCAAAGUGAGCCAGGAUAACCUCGCAUACCAGGAUGAGAGCAGAAGACGAUUGGAAAAUCAAAGGAUGGGACGAGAGCAGUUUUUGGUCAGUUCUGAGGAAACCGAAAACAGGAAGAAUCGAUUAUGUAACAUGAGGAGCUCUCCCUGCAGAGAUCGUUCCCCUAACAAGGAAAGCACAGGUUCAAAACCGCCUCUUGGACAAAGGGAUGCUCCUGCUGCACAAGCACGCUCGCAGCUCCCAGUUACAACAGCUGAGUCUCCUUCUCUGGACAGGAAGUCCUUCGGUCCAGGUGUUCUGGGAGACAAGAAAUGCAGCAGCCCUUCUGUUCUCAGGAAGUUUGGAGCCAUGCUUCAGGAGAACGAGGGCAAAACACUCACCAACUCAGGAGUAGUGACCCAUCAAGGCUCUGCCCCAGAGGCAAAGUGUCCCACUCCUAGCUGUCAGCGCAGAGCUUUUGGAGCUGCUGGAGUUGCCGGCAGGGUGCCCAUGCGUGUGCCUACUCAAAAAAGCCAAGCAGAUUCCGACGCGCUGACAGCAGAGAUAGAGCCCAGCCAAGAACGGGGUUUAGUAUUAGACUUUGGUCGGCAGAACUACAAGGAUCAGAGAGGAGGUUACAGCAGUUCUAAAUGGUCUCAACUUGGUCCCCAGCAGGCCCAAAGGAGAUCACAGGUGCCAGGGAGCCCAAAGAUGAGACCUAGGGCUAACAGUGGGGCAGACAGAGAUGGAGGGUUGGUUCAAGGGGAGAAAACAAGGAAGCCUGCACACCAACAUGCGGACUCCAAAAUUGACUACAGGACUUCAAGUGCUUCCCCUGGAACUCAGAGGAUCCAGAGGGGACAAGAGUUGCCAGGUUGUGGCCGUUUGAGGGAUGACGGACUUAUUGAGCUUCUGGACAUGCUUGAGAUCCAACACGAGUACAGCUCCAGUCCCAGAACAGGAUACACAGCUUACAGACAGGAGCCACAGCAGAUAAAUCCAGCUGAGUUGUCCCCAGCCAAGCCCAAGAAGAGCUUCUCUCGCCCUGCACGGCCAGCCAACCAGCGACCUCCUUCCAGAUGGGCCAGUCGCACUCCUACUGCCAGAAUCACUGCCCCAUCAGGCCCAAUCUACCGCCCCCCAAGCCCCCUGACUCGUACCCCAAGCCCCAUGACUAGAACCCCAAGUCCUGCACCAAGGCACCGGCCUCUCAUUACCUAUUCUCUUCAGCCUGAGACUGUCAUUAUGUGAUAAGUUUCCAUGUGAACCAAGCAUGCUCCCUUCCUGUCGGGCAAACCCUCCCUGUGUAAAUAGGACGAUUCUGUUAAACUGCUUCAAGAGUGCUGCAGAAAAAUGCAGAAGUGUUAUCACAUUUUACUAAAUCAAACACAACCACAACAUUCUCCAGUGUUGCUGUAGCUUUAAAGUUCCUCUGUGCCUGAUCUUUGCCAACACAUCAGCUUAUUGCUUUGUUGCUUUCCUGCCUUAUCCAUAUUCCUCUUUUUUUCUUUUCUUUUGUAUUAAAUUUAGGUGAUUCUAUGUUAUGUAAUUCAGCAUGCAGCCCUAGUUUGAGGGUGCAUGCUCAUGUGUUCGAUCAGCGUUGAACUAAAUUCAGCCUGGUCACCAGUGGGAGAUCAAGUCCCAGCAACAAUCUGCAAAUUAUUGACAAGUGUGUUUGACUGUAUCAUAAUGUCAAAAUAUAUUUGAGAUGUUCAAAUAACAGCUGUGACAGAUGAUUCUAAUACGCCUUUAAUGUAUUUUAAUGGUAAUAAAUAUGAAAGUUCUUU